CAGGUGCGGGCGGAAGCGCGUCGGGCGCGGGCGGGGGCCGGAGGGUUGCGGCCAUGGUGGAUUACAGCGUGUGGGACCACAUCGAGGUCUCGGACGACGAGGACGAGACCCACCCCAACAUCGACACCGCCAGCCUCUUCCGAUGGCGGCACCAGGCCCGAGUGGAGCGGAUGGAGCAGUUCCAGAAGGAGAAGGAGGAGCUGGAUAAAGGCUGCCGGGAGUGCAAACGGAAACUCGCCGAGUGCCAGAAGAAGAUGAAGGAGCUGGAGCUGGCGGAGCCGGGCAGCGGGAAGGGGGAGCUGGAGAAGCUCCAGGCCGAGGCCCAGCAGCUGAAGAACGAGGAGAAGAGCUGGGAGAACAAACUGGAGGAGCUGAGGAAGAAGGAGAAGAACAUGCCCUGGAACGUCGACACCCUCAGCAAGGACGGGUUCAGCAAGAGUGUUUUUAACGUGAAACCCGAGGAAAAGGAGGAGACGGAAGAGCAGAAGGAGAAGAAACACAAAACGUUUGUGGAGCGAUACGAGAAGCAGAUCAAACACUUUGGGAUGCUGAGGCGUUGGGAUGACAGCCAGAAAUACCUCUCGGACAACCCUCACCUGGUGUGUGAGGAGACAGCAAACUACCUGGUCAUCUGGUGCAUCGACCUCGAGGUGGAAGAGGUGGGAA